GUCCCUUUAGGUAGGAGAUCUACAUCUAAAUCGUGAAACUUUAUUGGGUCAAAAUAUAUUUACUUCAACUGAAGAUUUACCUGCAAUCCACAGACACUCCCACUACAUGUGACCAGAUUUUAGAAAGAUGUUCACUUUUUUUAUUUUCUCAUGUAGCUCAGAGAGAAUUUAAAGAUGGAGGAGUUAAUAUAUCGUCAUAAAAAGGAACUUAAAGAAUUACAAGCUGCAAUCCAAGCCUUAAAGAAAUCUGUUACAAAGGGUGACAAAAGGAAAAAGAAGGAAAUUGACACCUUGAUAAAACAAAAAGGAGAUGAUUUGGCUAAAAAACAUCAGGAGGAAAAAAGUGCAUUUGAAGCUGAUGGGCUUGUUAUAAAAAAAGAAAAUGGUUUUGCUAACUUUUUUUUUAUGUAUCUUUUGCCUAAAUUAGGUCCCCCAACAGUUUUUUAUGAUGAAGUAAAAUAUAUUGAGAAGAGAGCAAGAGCACAAAGAAGGAAGGAAAAGAAGAUAAUGAAGCAGUUAGAAGAAAUGAAGUUAAUGGAAGAAAAUUGUAGGAGUUUAAUAGAUCAUAGAGAGGAAGAAUUGUCGCUUUUGGAUUCUCAACUUGUUGUACUGAAAAGAAAAGUUUACGAGGUUCCUGCUGACGGCAAUUGUCUGUUUAGCGCCAUCGCCCACCAGCUGCACAUCAACCAUAUAAAACCUCGUGGUAUCGCCGAAAGUGCGAAGACUCUAAGGUUUUGCGCCGCCGAAUACAUAAAGAGUAAUAAAGAGCGUUUUCUUCCCUUUAUGCAUUCUGAAACUGGAGAAGUACUAACUGAAGAGGAGUUUGAUGAGUACUGCUAUAAACUUUCGCAUACGAAUGAGUGGGGCGGACAACUAGAAAUCCAGGCUCUUUCUGAAUCGCUCCAUGUGGCUAUCACGGUGGUGCAGGCUGCCCGUCCCCCCGUCUCCUUUGGCGCAGGAACAGCUUCUCUCUACUUAGUGUACUUUCGAAAGGCCUUCAGUCUUGGCGAGCACUACGACUCUCUUGUUCCUGUAUAACAAAUAUUUUGAUUAAGAGGACUGUUAUUGCUUAAAAUUAAAGAUCUUCA